AUGCGUCGCGGCCUGACUGGGGAGGGGCAAGACAAUGCAAAGAAGGAGUCUCCAGAGGGCUGCCGAGGCCUGCGAUGGCGAUUUGGGCAGAGGAGCCAGACAGACAGACAGACGGAGCGCGACAAGAUUGCCCACCAGAAGCUCGAGGCACACCCCGAAGCCGUUUCUACUACCAGCAGCGUUCGAACCGUUUUGGGUGAAGAGGCCUCAGGAGAGACUCCAGGCGUACACUCGAGUCUCAAGCAUGAUAUUGAUGCUCUCAAGGAGACAUUUCGCCUAGACACAGUCCCUCGACAAUCUCAUAUCCUCAGUCUAGCAGGCACGCUCCCUUAUCUUGCUACCUCUGUAUCAACCGUUUUCUUGGCCUUGAACCUCAACACCGAUGUUCCCUCUGGCAAUCGAUUCUACAAUAUGAUCUUUUUGGAACACGAAACGGCGCAGUACCUCCUGGACCUCAUCGAGCCGCUGCAGCUCGGUUAUGGCGCCGUCAUAAUCUCAUUCCUCGGUGCCAUUCAUUGGGGCCUCGAAUAUGCAGAGACGAAGCCAGAGUACAACCGCACCCGAUUCCGCUACGGAACCGGCCUCGCCGCCUCCAUCGUCGCCUGGCCCACGCUCCUGAUGCCUCUCGAGUACGCACUCACCACGCAAUUCGGCGCCUUUGUCGCCCUCUACUACGCCGACUCCCGCGCCACGCGAAACGGCUGGGCGCCGCCGUGGUACGCCAAGUACCGCUUCCUCCUCACGGCCAUGGUCGGGCUCGCCAUCUUCAUUUCUCUCGUCGGCCGCGCCGAGAUCUCUCAGCGCACUACGCAUAACAAGCAGAGUUUGCGGGCCAGGAUAUCUCAGCCGGGCAGUGCAGAUACACACACGGAUUGGACAAAGUUGGAGAAAGAGGAGAAAGACAGGAUCAGAAAGGAGAAGGCUAAGAAGGCUAGAGAAGAGGGACAGGCAGAGAAGAAGAAGCUUCAAGAUGAGAAGAAGGGCAAGGGUAAGAAGAAGGAUGAGGAGCAAGACAGCAACGAUGAGGACUCGGCAAAGGAAAAGGGGGACAAAGAGGAUGACUCCCAGAAGAGCCAAAAAGCAAAGUCAAAAGACAGCGACAAGUCUAUAGACGGCAAAUCUAAUGAAAGCCAAGAGGAGACUGAUCAGGACAGUGAAUCAGACAACGAUGGCAACGAUGGCAACGAUGGCAACGAUGGCAACGAUAGCAAGGAGAAAAAAUAG